GUGACGUUAAGUAGCCUAAAGUCCUUGUAAGCCCUGAGGAAAAGGGAAGUCUUGUAAUAAGAACCUGGACGAGCGAUUGUUGUCCUCUGUAGGUGGAUCCAGUGCAUAAUGGCUGACUGGUGGCCCUGAGCCCUACAUUGAAAUAUUUGAACAACCCAGGCAAAGGGGCAUGCGUUUCAGAUACAAAUGUGAGGGAAGAUCGGCAGGCAGCAUUCCAGGAGAACACAGUACUGAAAACAAUAAGACAUUCCCUUCCAUACAGAUUCUGAAUUAUUUUGGAAAAGUCAAAAUAAGAACUACAUUGGUAACGAAGAAUGAACCCUACAAGCCACACCCUCAUGAUCUGGUUGGAAAAGACUGCAGAGAUGGCUACUACGAAGCAGAAUUUGGGCCAGAACGGCGAGUCCUGUCUUUUCAGAAUCUGGGCAUUCAGUGCGUGAAGAAGAAAGACCUGAAGGAAUCAAUUUCUUUACGAAUCUCGAAGAAGAUUAACCCUUUCAAUGUGCCUGAAGAACAGCUGCACAACAUCGACGAGUACGAUCUCAACGUCGUCCGCCUCUGCUUCCAAGCUUUCCUCCCCGACGAACACGGCAACUACACAAUAGCUCUUCCUCCUUUGAUUUCCAACCCCAUCUAUGACAACAGAGCUCCCAACACAGCAGAAUUAAGAAUUUGUCGUGUGAACAAGAAUUGUGGAAGUGUAAAAGGAGGAGACGAAAUAUUCCUACUGUGUGACAAAGUUCAGAAAGAUGAUAUAGAAGUCAGAUUUGUCUUGGACAACUGGGAGGCCAAAGGUUCCUUCUCACAAGCUGACGUUCACCGUCAAGUUGCAAUUGUGUUCAGAACACCACCGUUUCUCAAAGACAUCACCGAGCCCGUCACGGUGAAGAUGCAGCUGCGAAGACCUUCAGACCAGGAAGUCAGUGAACCUAUGGAUUUCAGAUACCUACCAGAUGAAAAGGAUCCAUAUGGCAACAAAGCAAAAAGGCAAAGAUCGACGUUGGCUUGGCAAAAGCUCAUACAGGACUGUGGAUCAAACGUGCCAGAGAGGCCCAAAGCAGCUCCGUUCCCCGCUGUCACUCCUGAAGGGAAGCUGAUUAAGAAAGAACCCAACAUGUUUUCAUCCACACUGAUGAUGCCGGGGCUCGGGUCCUUGGCCAACACGAGUCAGAUCUACCCUGUCUGCAACCAGCUCGCCCACGCGCCCGCGCAGGUGGGGCCGGGGAAGCAGGACCCCCUCUCCUCCUGCUGGCAGCAGCUCUACAACCCCUCCUCCUCCUCGGCCGCCGGCCUCCUCAACGCGCACCCCCACAACAGCUUCGUGGCAGAGGGGGCUCAGCCCUCUGCGCAGGGGGGCGGCGCGCUCCCGGCUUUCCCCGACAACGCUCUGAACUGGCCCGACGGGAAGGAUUUGGGCUUCUACCGGAACUACGGCAGCACAAACGGGAUGGGAGCCGCGGCCGUGUCGACUGCGGACAUGCAGAGCGCUCCCAGUAACAGCGCCGCGCACCAGACGCACCCCAUCAGCGUCUCCACAGCCAGCAUCGUCAGCAUGGAGACCGACGACAUGACCUGCACCAGCAUAAACUUCGAGAAGUACAACCCGGUGUUGAACGCGGGCAGCCACAGGCAGCAGCUCCCCGCGGGGCCUCCCGCCUGCCCGCCCGUAGCAGCCCCGGGCAGCGCGCCUUUCAGCUCCCAGUCUAACUUAGCUGACCCCGCGGUUCACAGUUUUCUAGACCAAGAAGUUCUAAGCGAAUCAAGACUAUCGGCCAACCCCCUCCCAAACCAUCAGAAUAGCAUCGCAGACAACCAGUACUAUGACACCGACGGUGUCCACGCUGACGAGCUCUAUCAGUCCUUCCAAUUCGAUAGCAUAUUACAGAGCUAUAACCACUGAGGCAGGAGUGGCGGGCCGGCAGCGGGUACCUAGUGCUUUUCAGCUGGCUAGCUAUGGGGAGAGGGGAACUCACCCUUCUGGAGCCCCUGCUUUCUCUUUCAGAAUGCUACUAUGCAAGUUUCAUGACAUAACUUAAGGUUCCCUAUGACAGCCCAAAGACUGGUGCCCAUAAAGAAGAGAGGUGGGAGUAGGGCUUGGGGUUCAGUACUUUAAAAGUACCUCGUAUAUGUAUUUUUACGCUGUUGGAAAAGGGAACUUUCAACAUUUAAAUCUUCCUUACCUUUGGGGACUGUAAAAACUGGUAUCUUCAGAAGGGUUAAAAUUUCACAUACUUCACAGGGUUAAAAUUGUUUGGGAAAUAACCAUUUUGGCUAUGGAAAUUAAAUUUCAAUUUUGAUAAGACAGAAACUAGGAAAAAAACCUGCCCGUGGGCACUCUAGUUCACUAGACUCACCAGACAACAUUUAAGUUUUACUCAACUUAGAAUCAUAGAAUGUGUUGGGUUGGAAGGGACCGUUAAAGGUCAUCUAGUCCAACGCCCCUGCAAGGAGCAGGGACACCUUCAACUACAUCAGGCUGCUCAGAGCCCCCUCCAACCUGACCUUGAAUGUUUCCAGGGAACCACCUCUCUAGGCAACCUGUUCCAGUGUCUCACCACCCCCUGUCUAAUCUACUGGAAAGGCUUAGGUUUCUUACCAUCUUUCAUAUAAAAUAUUCUUCUCCUAAACCAAGGUAUUGAUUUUUCACAUUUUCACCACACUCCAUUUGCUUUGAAGGCAAAUUUACUCUAAAAUUUUUUUAAUGACUAUGUCAUUGUUAGAUAUAUUUUAAAAGACCGGAAGGUUUGAGUUUUUUUUAAUAGACCAUCUCUGUUGUAAAUGAAUCACUGCACAAAAGAAUGAGCAGAAAGUAAGGACUUCUCUGCACUUCAUCCAAAGUGCGCUAUUUUAAAUGACAAACCCCUGUUGCUUUAGGAAUGGAGCACGCUGUUAUUUCUCCGGAAGUUUUUUUUUUGUGUGUAUGUGUGUGUAGCUGUGACGUGUGUGUUAUUUUGAACUGCAGAACUAUGUUGAGCCGAAGCAUCUCCCGAUUAUUUCCUCAGGUAUCCCGGCAGUUUCCUGCUAUGCAAGUGACUGCUUAAAAGAGGGCUCAGAUCCUGCCUCCCCCUUCCCAAAAAGCUUUGGGGCAAACCCAGAGGCGGUCUUAGGGCAGCCUCAUAUAGAUACACUCAAUUAACAACUUACGGCCAUAUCAGUCUGUACUAAUUAAAAACACUCCUCUAUACUCUGUAUCAGAAACCAGAACUUCCCCCCCUUCCAGUUGAUUCCCAGUUUUCAUGCCUAGCCUGAGUCACGAGGUGUUCAGUGACAGCUUGCGUGGAUGGACCUGGCUAGGUAAGACACUCUACUCUGCAUUACAGGGCUUUGCUAGUUUAUAAUUAUUAUUAUUUUUUUAAGAAGCAACACGGCAAUAAAUAUAUGACUAUUUCUUAAGUUAUCCAGCUGGUUUGUAUGGCAGAUAAGGCUUAAGAAUGUAAUUGUUACUGUUUGGCGACAUGAAACUGCACCAUGGAAAGAAGCAAUAAAAAAGGCACACUCGGAUAUAUAAAAAAAAACCAAAAAGCCACAACCCCAAAUCAAAAAAGCCACUUGAGACCUAUAGUUGUACCUAAGGCAGAAAGGAACUACAAAACCCCUUUGUGGUUUAUCGGAAAGCAAUGAUUCCUUACCUGCAGUAAUUCAUUGCUUCCAAAGGACUAAGGUGCUGCUGCUGAAAUGCAUUACCCCCAUCCCGUGGGUUUGGCAGAACGUGCUCCUUAGCCAAGGCGUAGGGCAUAGACACUUGGGAAAACUGCUUCCCCUGGCGCCAGGCACACAACACGGUGAAUUGACUUCUCCACCUUUUACAGCAGUUUUUCCUCACUUCUGCAGAGCUCCUCUGCAGUCUUAACAGAAAGACCAAAGAAAUAACAAAGAAAGCUUGAAAUGUGUUUAUUCAGUUCUUUUUUUUUUUUUUUUGAAGUUCUCAAUUUUAAGUAUAUUAAAUGUAAACAUUUUACUCACUUCAUAGAAAGCUCUUUAUAGGUACAAUUUGUUUCUACUGUAUAAUUAAAUAUUUUCAAAGUUCUGUUUUCCUUUGUAAA